AUGAAUACUGUCCGUGGGAGCGUUGACGAUGACCCUGUGGAAAAGGGGGACGAUCUCGGGAAGCCGAUUACGCCCAUCCCGAGCAACGGCCGUGGCACAACGGUCGAAUACACAUCCGACAAUACACAUGCACUCAGUGAAGUGGAAAUGAACCUCAGGGUGAUUGACGAAGCUGUCGAGGCCAUUGGAUUCGGGAAGUUCCAAUGGCAGCUGGCCCUUUCCUGUGGAUUUGGCUUCCUCGCGGAUCAGAUGCUCCUCGUGUCAAUCUCCCUCGUCGGACCCCAGCUCAUUCCCGAGUUCGCGCCAAAACACUCCACUUUGCUCCCGGCGUCCAACUACGCUGGCUUGCUCAUCGGCGCGGUUUUGAUGGGCUUGCUUGCGGAUAAUGUUGGGAGGAGGAUAGUGUGGCAGCUGUCGAUAUUCGGUAUCUCUAUUGCUACUAUGCUUGCUGCUUCAUCUCCUAACUGGGCGGCUAUUAACGUAUGGGUUGCUGUUUGUGGCUUCUUCGGAGGCGGAAACCGUAAGUCUCUCACUGGGGAGUAG